CUCCCACGAUACAUAAUCGUCAUAAUCGUAAUCGUCUCGUUCUUCCUACUAAUUUUUUGAGGAGGGGCACGAGUUCGAACCCCAGAGUCUUUCCUCAGCCCAUUUCUCUACAAUAAAUCGGCGUUUCAUUUCACUUCUGAAAUUAGAAAACCAUAUCUACUCGCAGCCUAAUAUUUCUGGAUAAUAUAUUAUUGCAGAAGCGCAUGAAGGCUUUUGUAGAGGAUUUGAUUCGGCUUUGGGGUAAAGAAAGUGCCAGAGAGCGAAGGGUGGAAUAAAUGGCGACUGAAACUUCUCCAAAUCAAAUUGAUGGCAAACAAUUAUCAGGUGAAUCCGUGAAAGUGGUUGAAGGUGGUGGAGCUCCAGAAGACAAAGGAGACGUUACAAAGGAAAAGGAUGGGAGUUGGCCUUUUGCAAAUUCAGAAACCGUUAGAGAAGAUCAAGUGCAAAAUGCAGUCAAAUUUUUAUCUCACCCUAAAGUUAGAGGUUCUCCUGUCAUGUAUCGGCGCUCAUUUCUUGAAAGAAAGGGCUUAACAAAGGAGGAGAUUGAUGAAGCAUUUCGCCGUGUGCCAGAUCCCACUUCUCAAGAAUUGGCUACAAGGACAACUGCCCCAACUCAAGAGAGGCAAUCAAUGCCACUUGCCACUCAACAAUCUCAAUCUCCAGUUCAAACUCUACAGCACUCUGCUGGCCCACUAGUUACAACAUCAACACCACCAAUGGUUCAACCAUCACGUUUUCAUUGGACACACUUGCUUUUGGCUUUGGGGUUGCUUUCUGCAACUGGUGCUGGAACGGGUGUGGUUUUCCAGAAAGCAGUUAUUCCCAGAUUCAAAUCUUGGAUUCGUCAGAUUGCUGCUGGAGCUGAUGAUUUUGAACAAAAGAAGGCCGCAGCACCUAGUCCAGCCGAGGAGGCUGUGGUUGCAGCUAAAGCUGCUGCUGCUGCAGCAGCUGAAGUAGCUGAAGCUAGCAGAGAAAUGCUUAAAUCAAAACUUGAAGAUAGCAAACAUUUGGAAGGGAUGAUACAUUCUCUGGAAGAACAAACAAAAGAAAUGAAGUCCAUGAAGACUGCUCUUCAGGAGAUAGAAAACCACAGGCAUGAAGUGCAUAUUACUGGUAGCCGAUCAGACAGUCAAAGUGCUAAUGAGACAAACAGGGCCAAAAGUAAUGGUGCUUUGGGAGCCGUUUCAUCUAUAAAUCAAUUAGAUCGUGGAGGAGUUUCUCAAACAAUUUCCAAGAAUUUCACAGUAGAUGCUAGUAUGUCAACUGCUGAUCAGAAUCUAGUGAGGCCAUCAUCUGCCCCUGCAAGAACUGAGCCCAGUCAAGCACCAUAUUCGAAUUCGUAUAUUGAGCUUAUGGCCAUGGUACAGCGUGGCGAGAAACCUCCAGGGAUUAAGGAAGUAAAUGACAAACCUCCAUAUCCAAAUCAACUGCCAUCAAAUCCUCGGUUACAACCAAGAGCAAAGCCCUGGGAAACCAUCCAAGCUCAAAGCACCAACAGCAAACACAGCAUGCAUGCUCAGAAUGUUCAAACAGUAAACUCCUCAGCAGUUAGAGAUGGAACAAAGGCAGUGGUCAAUGGCCUUGGUAAUAUACAACCACAACCAGCUUAUCCAGUAACAGUAAGGACAUCUGAAACCCAUGAACCUUGGUGGCGACCUAAGAAAAAUGAAACGGAACUACCUCUUGGUUUCAGUACACCUUCUGAAAGCAAUGCGAGGAUAGCAGAAAUGGAAUCUAAUGAUGAGGAGAUAAACGGUGGUACAGCACAUGUGUUGCCUUCUGGAAGUCUCAUGAACACUGCUGCAAAUGGACCAAGUAAUAGUUCUUUGCAUGAUUUAAAUGAUAGAGGUUGGGUGCCACCUCCGCCACCUCCAGUGGCCAUGCCCCAAGCUGCAAAAGCAAUUUGGCAUCCAAAGUCAAAUACGCAAAUUCAACAGAACUUGACAUCUGAGGUGUCAGUUAGCUCUGGUUCAGUUUUGAGGCCGGAGUCCACUGACAACACAUUUAUGCCUCCUGAAGCUAUGACCGAGCAAGAAGAACAUGUGGUGUCAUCAUCAGAGGUUCAAAAUAUCACAGAAAUAAAUCACCUUUCUAGAUUUACCGAAGAAGCUUCUUAUGAGACAAAUUUGUACAAGGAUGUUGCAAAUGAGGGUUUUGAGGUGAAGGAAGAUGUAUGAGCUUAUGGAAGGUGUGGGAUAAUUAUCUCCUUUGUGUAUUCAUUGUCUGUUUUACCAUAUCAGUCAAGAACACAUUUUUUAAUUGUCUUAUGUUGGACCUUUCACAAUAUUUUGCUACUACCAUAAAUGGAUUUGUUUCUCCGAUUCA